AUGGAGAGUGAAGGAGGAGGUCCAUUUCAGGGAAUACUCCGAGAUAUCCAAGGUAGACGCAAAUGCUACAAACAAGAUUGGAUUCGUGGCAUCAAAAACGGUAUCAGAAUUUUGGCUCCGACUUGCUAUAUUUUCUUUGCCUCAUCUCUCCCUGUAGUUGCCUUUGGUGAGCAAUUGAGUAAACAUACAGGCGGAGCUCUGACUGCAGUGGAAACAUUAGCUUCUACUUCCAUCUGCGGAAUCAUCCACUCGAUUCUUGGUGGACAGCCAUUGUUGAUACUCGGAGUUGCAGAGCCAACCAUCAUAAUGUAUACUUAUCUUUACAGUUUCUGCAUUAGUAGACCUGAUCUUGGUCGAGAGCUUUACCUUGCUUGGGUCGCAUGGGUUUGUGUAUGGACUUCAGUUUUGCUAAUCCUUCUUUCGAUAUUCAACGCGUGCACAAUCAUCAAAAAGUUUACUAGAAUCGCUGGGGAGCUCUUUGGCAUGUUGAUUGCUGUUCUCUUUUUACAAGAAGCUAUCAGGGGAUUGAUUAGUGAGUUUCACGCAACCGAGAGAGAAACUCAUGACUUAGGGGAGUCUAGUUUCCUCUGGCUGUAUGCAAAUGGUUUGCUUGCGGUGAUUUUCUCUCUAGGCCUUGUAAUCACUGCGUUGAAGAGCAGGAGAGCUAAAUCUUGGAAAUAUGGGUUUGGUUGGCUUCGGAGUUUCAUUGGAGAUUACGGUGUUCCCUUAAUGGUCUUGUUCUGGACUGCCUUGUCUUACACGAUUCCUAGCAAAGUCCCUCCAAGUGUCCCUAGAAGACUCUUCUGUCCUCUUCCAUGGGAGUCAGCUUCAUUGUACCAUUGGACUGUAAUCAAGGACAUGGGGAAGGUACCAUUAAUGUAUAUCUUUGGAGCAAUUAUACCAGCUGUGAUGAUAGCAGGACUCUACUUCUUCGACCAUAGUGUAGCUUCACAAAUGGCACAACAGAAAGAGUUUAAUCUUAAGAACCCUUCUGCUUACCACUACGACAUCUUCUUGCUGGGAAUUAUGACUUUGAUAUGUGGACUACUUGGGCUUCCUCCAUCAAAUGGUGUUCUUCCUCAGGCUCCAAUGCACACAAAGAGUCUUGCGGUUCUCAGUCGUCAGCUGACACGCAAGAAGAUGGUGAAGAGUGCGAAAGAGUGUAUGAAGAUGAAAGCCAGCAAAUCAGAAAUGUAUGGGAGAAUGCAAUCAGUGUUCAUCAAGAUGGAGGAAUGUUCAGGUGAGGUUUGUACAGUACCCACGGAUUUGAAAGACUUGAAAGCAGUUGUGAUAAGACCAGAGGAAGGAGAGGAUACGAAAGUAAAAUUCGAUCCCGAUGUGCAUAUUGAGGCUAACUUGCCUGUUAGAGUAAACGAGCAAAGAGUGAGCAACCUGUUGCAAUCAAUCCUAGUUGGUCUAACACUUCUUGCAGUGCCAGUCAUCAAAAUGAUCCCAAGUUCCAUUCUUUGGGGUUACUUUGCUUAUAUGGCAAUAGACAGUCUUCCCGGAAACCAGUUCUUUGAAAGAUUGUUGCUUCUCUUCAUUCCUCCUAGCCGGCUUUUCAAAGUCUUGGAAGGAGUACAUGCUUCGUUUGUGGAGUUGGUACCAUACAAAGUGAUUGUGGCAUUCACACUUUUCCAGUUUGUAUACUUUCUAUUGUGUUAUGGCAUGACAUGGAUUCCAAUGGCCGGGAUAUUUUUCCCGGUGCUCUUCUUUCUACUCAUAAGUAUAAGAGAACACUUGCUCCCCAAGUUCUUCGAUCUCGAACACCUUCAUGUGUUAGAUGCUUCAGACUAUGAAGAAAUAGUAGCAGCACCUCUACAACACCACCCAAGUUUUGCAUAUAGGAAACUGGGAUCUUCUCGUCAUUUAUCAGAAGGAGAUGAUGAAGAUGAAUUCUACGACGCAGAAAUAUUGGAAGAGAUGACGACUAGUAGAGGCGAGAUCAGGAUCCGAACCAUAAGUUUCAAAGAGGUGCACCCGGAGCCUGAAGAGAGGCGUGUAAAAUUUGAACCACACUAA